AUGACUAGCGAAAGAACAAUUUUACUUGUAGGCAGAACUGGUAGUGGGAGAUCCGCCCUAGCAAAUGUAAUUAGUAACACUAGCAAAUUCAAAGAGAGCGAAUAUGGGAUUAGCGAGUCAGAAGGUACACAGAUUGGACAUUUUCGUUUAAAAGGAGAAGAUAUGAUUUAUCACAUAAUUGACACCAUUGGAAUUGGAGAUAAUCGUUUUACUAAAGCGGAAACUUUGAAUAGAUUAGCCAAUGCAGUUAAUGGAGUACAAGCGGGCUUAAAUCAAAUUUUUUUUGCUGGUUUGGCACUUUUUCUUUUUUAUCCUUAA